CCAGUCGCACUUUCGCUUUUGAUUGCUUGAUCCAAGUUGAAAUACUUCGAAGGGUGUGUCUGUGGAACAAUACAGGCUUUUAGAUUUGCAGAGCAAAUAUAGGAGAAAAAGUUAUCUAAUUUGUGUCAGCUUUCUGAUCACAAACAGGAAACUCAUUCUGUGUCCGUCAGUCGUCGGAGUAAAAGUUCUGGAACAGUUGCUGUUUUUAGAUGAGCAAUGAACUGCAAAUAUAAACUUAUAUUUCUGUUCCUCUGUGGCUUUACUGGGCUCACUGUCUCGGAGGAGGAAUGUAAAGAAAACCAACUGGAGGGAACAUCAUGCACCAUGAAGUUAAAAAAUCAAUUGAGAAGAUAUUAGCAGUAACAUGGACCAAUGAUAAAUCUGGGAUUGUAGCUAGAAGAAGGGAAAACAAAAAGGACGCCAUAAAUGAUGGUUUCAGAUUGGAAGUCGAUGGAUCCUUGACAUUUAUAAACAUUAGACUGACUGAAUCUGGCCUGUAUGAUUUCAGAGUUUACAAUUCUGAAGGCACAGAGACUGGUAGAGGCCAGAAUAAAAUGAAAGUUUACGCAAAAGUCCCCAAACCAGAUCUGAAGUCGACCUGUAACACCGAUGGAAAUGUUACGCUCACCUGUAAUGCUGGAAACGGGGAAGAUCUACAGUACACCUGGUUUGACAGAACGAAUCCCAUAGAAAAUAAACACACCAAAACUUUGAUCUUGCCUGUAGCGAAAGUGAAUAAUCCGUAUUCUUGCUCUGCCAAAAAUCCCGUUAGUGAAGCCAGAAGUGAGAAUAAAACAGUAACAUGUCAAGAUGUGAAGAAAGCAGUGGGUGAUGAUGUCAAAUUUCGUCCAGACAAUAUUCCUUCUCCUACCGUCAGCAUUAUAUGGAAACACAAAGACAAUGAUGGAAUUAUGGUCAAGGCGAUUGAGUGGGACACUGAUGAUGUUGAUGUUCCGAAUCCUAAAUUUAAAGACAUCGCAACUCUCGAUGAGAAGACUGGAGAAAUCACUUUAACCGGUUUAAAGCUUCAUCAUAGUGGAGUUUAUACCAUUGAGAUCAACAGUAAAGAGCAACAAAAUAAAUUCACCUUGACUGUUAUGGUCUCGGGGGAGGAAUGUAAAGAAAACCAACUGGAGGGAACAUCAUGCACCAUGAAGUUAAAAUCACGUGAGAAGACAGCAGAAGUAAAAUGGACCAAUGAUAAAUCUGUGAUUAUAGCUAGAAGGAAAAAAAACAAGGACACCGUAAAAGAUGGUUUCAGAUUGGAAGUCGAUGGAUCCUUGACAUUUAUAAACAUUAGAGUGACUGAAUCUGGCCUGUAUGAUUUCAGCACUUACGAUUCUGUUGGCACAGAGACUGGUAGAGGCCAGAAUAAAAUUAAAGUUUACGCAAAAGUCCCCAAACCAGAUCUGAAGUGGACCUGUAACACCGAUGGAAAUGUUACGCUCACCUGUAAUGCUGGAAACGGAGAAGAUCUACAGUACACCUGGUUUGACAGAACGAAUCCCAUAGAAAAUAAACACACCAAAACUUUGAUCUUGCCUCUAGAGAAAGUGAAUAAUCAGUAUUCUUGCUCUGCCAAAAAUCCCGUUAGUGAAGCCAGAAGUGAAAGUAAAACAGUAACAUGUCAAGAUGUGAAGAGAGCAGUGGGUGAUGAUGUCACAUUUCGUCCAGACAAUAUUCCUUCUCCUACCACCAGCAUUCUAUGGAAACACACAGACAAUGAUGGAAUUAUGGUCAAGGUGAUUGAGUGGGAGCCUGUGGAUGGUGUUGACGUUCCGAAUCCUAAAUUUAAAGACAUCGCAACUCUCGAUGAGAAGACUGGAGAAAUCACUUUAACCGGUUUAAAGCUUCAUCAUAGUGGAGUUUAUUCCAUUGAGAUCAACAGUAAAGAGCAACAAAAUAAAUUCACCUUGACUGUUAUGGGUCAAGAUGUGAAGAGAGCAGUGGGUGAGAAUGUCAAAUUUCGUCCAGACAAUAUUCCUUCUCCUACCACCAGCAUUCUAUGGAAACACAAAGACAAUGCUGGAACUGUUGUCAAGGUGAUUGAGUGGGAGCCUGUGGAUGGUGAUGAUGUUCCGAAUCCUAAAUUUAAAGGCAUCGCAACUCUCGAUAAUAAGACUGGAGAAAUCACUUUAACCGGUUUAAAGCUUCAUCAUAGUGGAGUUUAUUCCAUUGAGAUCAACAGUAAAGAGCAACAAAAUAAAUUCACCUUGACUGUUAUGGAGCCUGUCCCCAAACCAGAGAUAAGAAUAGAGCCCACAAGUAAUCGUGAUGUCAAGUAUUUAAUAUGUGAUGCUGAUGCAACAAUCAUCUGGAAGAAUUCUGCUGGAGAGACACUGAGCGGCACACCCAUUUCCGGUCCUCCAAAAGGAGAGUCCAUAACAGUUAAAAAUACUCAGAACCGAGACAACUACUACACCUGCACACUCAAGAACGAUGUGAGCGAGAAGACCAGUGAUCGAGUCUAUGAGAAAGAUCUGUUUCCUGAUCCCGGUCCCUCUACUGGAUUAAUCGUUUUUUUGGUAAUUUUUUUGGUUCUUCUUUUCCUUGGAAUCGUGGCAUGUCUGCUGUAUAUAUGCCACGACAACACUCAUGAAUCUGUUCACAAUUCCUGUGGAAAUGCACCAAUCUUGGGGGGAGUUUUGCGCUGUCUGGAUAGAUGCCGAAAAAACCCAGGCACAGAUAAAAAUGAAAAUCCCGACAAUGCCGCUAAUCAGCCGCUGAAAGAUGUGACUGCAUCCCCAAAGGAGGGGAAAAUCUGGAUUCGUAGUUGGGAAUGGAUGUCUAGCCUGAUAAGAAAUUAAAAGUGCUGAAUCUGAUAAACAACAAGCUUCUGCAUUAUGGCGGGGAAAUCUUAAUCUGAACCUCAUCUACCAAAUCUGAAGAAUCAUUUGUCGGGAGAAAUGUCUUAAACAGGAACAAUCUUUGUUUUGUUUUUCUUGAAUUAUCAAUUCAAUAGAAAGGACCAUAUAUAAACCAUAUGUUUUUUUUUUUUAUAAAUCCCCCAUGAGGUUUUAACUUUGAGUUUGCUGUGCUGUGUUUGUAAUGCAGACAAUGCUGAUGCGUUUUUCAAAUCUGAUUUUAGGACUGAUCCUCCUAAAUGUUAUUUGCAAGUUUCUGCUUGAUUAUGGCAAAAAUCAUAAUCAUGAUGAAAUUGUGUGUUGAUCCCCUCGAGGCUUACAGUAGAUAGUGUGUGUCAAAUACGUUCAGAUCAGCUUGAUGUAAAUUCAGUCAUAUACUCAUCCGUGUGUUGUUAUAACUCUAUACAACUUCAUUUCUUUUUCUUAACGCAAAGAGAGAAAUUGUGGAAACAUGUUGUCAGUGAUGUCAUACAAUGGCAGUUUAUGGUGACACAUCUUCAAGGUUCAACAGAACACAAAAGUAUAAUUCAGAAGUCUAAUAAUUUAUUCAUGAGACUAGGGUAGCAGCGAUAUACCGGUUUCACAGUAUACCACGGUUUGAACAUUUACAUUUGCUUGUCUACGGUAUUGAGAACAAAAUGCAACCGGACGGAGAAACUCACUUGCGCGUGUGCAUCUCCUUUAUUCCUUGUCUGCCUGUCAGACUCGUCAACUUGCGACACACAAGCACCGACCACACAGAGAAAUGCCAGUUUCUGAGUUUAAAGUUAUUAACAUGAUCUGCUUCUGUAAUAUUUGAACUUUAAUAAAGCUAUAACGCAUUAAAAUAACUGCAUUUAAGAUGUAACACAUGUUUCCUUUAAAGAGCUCCGGCUCCGCUUAUUCCACAACGAGACUGCUUCUGAAUUUACUCCUCUUUUUUUUAAUUUUAUUUUUAUAAUUCCCUAAUACUUUGGGAUCUACAUAAAAUGAAGCUGUGAAAGUUGAGUGCAUCUGGACUGAUCUCUGUAAUUCUUCUCCUCUGUCAGGCAUGACCUGCUGCUCUCACGCUUCAUCAUUACACUUUAAUGUGAUUUCAUGUUACGUUAAAUGAGAUCCAACGACUAUUAGACAAUGAAAAAUUCUCUCGACAAUUGUUUAUUUUCGACGUUGACGAUAAUGUCGACUAAAUGUUUCAGCCCUAAUGCAAAUGAUAAUAUGCUUUUAAACUCACAUGCUUUAGUUGCUUGAAUUAAUCUGGGUGUCUGUCUUUCAGGUGCUUUAUUAAGUUUGACGUGUUUCCUCCUUUCGUCAGAAAAUUGUGAAAGCAGCGUUUACAAAUAGGUUUUCGCUGAUCUAUGAUGUUUCCCUUUUCAUCAGCCUCAAAUCCAAAGAAUUUCCAAACCAUUCCAAAUGUCCCCAUAUUUUGCUUGUUGUGAGAGUUCGAAAGUUCUCGACUCUGCAUGGUAGACCCGGUACUCGGUACUCCGGUACCUUCAGAAAUUCUGGUAUCGUAAAACAUUUUUUGUUUCAGUACAGACUUGGUACCGGAGUACUGGUAUUUUUGACAACACUAGUAGAGAUUGUUAAAUUGAAUAAUAAAUUAACAGCGAAGCAGAGAUGGUAAAAUAAAUGUAUAAGCUCAGGCUUUAUUGAGUUUUUUAAUGCCUGAUAGAAAAGUAUAUAAAUAUGUAGAGCAAUAUAAUACUUUGGGCAAUUGUAGAAUAGUCCCGUCAGUCACAGAUACACUUCAGAAAAUUGAGUACACAACUAUUUCUGGGCUUAAAAGUUCAAAAGAACAUUGUAUCUCAAAAGGAAUACAAUGUAGCCCCCCAUGCACAACUUAAAGCUCGAUGCGGCCCCAAAAUAUUUACAAAUAUUAAUUAUUACACACCAUCACCUUUACAAAUUUGUUUUCAGGAUUUUACAUGAGUAAAAGUAAUAAAAACUUUAUAUUUUGAUAAAGUUAUAGUUUCAUAUGAAAUAAUCUAAAAGUAAAAUCUAUUAGACCUCAUUUUAUAUCAACAGUGGCAGUUGUAGUUAAAGUUUCAAGAUGUUUCAGCUAGUAUUUAUUUUUCAUAAAUACAUAAAUGUAUUAUUAUUACUAUUAUUUAAGACUAGCACACUGACUUAACCAUGGUAAUAAGGAGCCUUUCCUCCUGUGUAAUAUGUGUAUAAAUUAGGGCUGUCGAUUUAACGUGUCCUGAGAAAUGCAAGCUUGCAGUACCACCUGUUUACUCCAGAGGGCAGUAAAUGAAAUUUCAUCUGUAUGAGUAACGUGCAGUUUAUAUAGUGAAGAAAACACUUCAGUAGCAGAACAACACAAACAUGCAUUACGUUCUUGCGUUCAAAAUACUCGAAGGAGCGUAAAUGCGAACUAAGGGAUCUCAAGAUGUGUUUAAAGAUUGAGUAUUAAACUAUAUUUAACUUGACACAGUGACCUAAACAUUUUAUGUUUAUGACGCUACACAAGCAUGUCUGACGCAGGUGUACAUUGACGCGACCUUAAACAAGCCCUCAUAAUAAAUCUCCAACUGAUUGAUAAAUUCACUUGUGAAAUGGAUUGUUAUGAACUGUAUGACAAUGAUUGACUUAUGAUCAAUAAUAUGGUAAUAAACAAUACAUUGUAUUCUAAAACCGCUUUUUGUCUUAUUAAUGAUGAACUGUUCUGCUACAAGAAUGUAAUGCAUUUUAAUUAUCUGAAUAUAUAUAUAUAUAUAUAUAUAUAUAAUUUUUUAAUAUUUAAAGAUAACUAUGUAUAACUAUAUAUUGAUAUAAAUAUGUAUAAUCUUUAUAUAUUGAAUUAUUGUUAUAUGAGGGGCUUUCUCAGCAAAUAUUUGUAUAUGCGAUUCAUUAAUCGGGACACCAUGUAAUUAAUUUGAUUAAAAAUUGUAAUCGAUUGACAGCCCUAGUAUAAAUAUGUAAUAUUAGUUAACAAACGGGAUAAUAAUGGGCUCAUAUAAGUAAAUAUGCGCUUCAAUUUUUAAAAGGGGGAGAGAAACUUCCUGUAGAUUUGGUUGUUGACGUCAUCAACAAAAAUAAUGACACUUGAUGCAUGUAAUGGUACUGGAAAACCAUGAACAAAACUAUGCAGCGUAAAAGGAAAUGCGACCCAGGCUACAUUAAAUACAGGUUAUGUUUAAUCUAUCGCAGGUCCACACAUGAUUUCAAAUGUCAAAUCUGUCCUGAAGCAAAACCAGUUGAGAAGCGCCGAGUUAAAGCUCCAGACAGGAGCCGUCUACAGUAUAUAUUAAUAAUCAUAGGACAUUACUUUAAAAGCUCACACAGCUGAUGUUAUUUUUCAUUUAGUAGUUCAUUUAACAUGCUAUGAUAACAUGUAAACUAACAUGCUUUAUUUAUAUAACAUGUUUUCACUGAUAUUAGUAAUUGUGUGAUACCGUGAAACCGUGAUAUCUUCUGAGACGGUUCUCAUACCGUGAAAUUCUCAUACUGUUGCAACCCUAAAUGAGACUCAUGAUUGUUAUAGAAGCAUACGAUAAGAUUUGAUGAGAAACAAACUGAAAUCGAAUGUUUUCUUUAGUGAAAAUGUUCACUGACCGUUGAUCUCAGGUGUGUGUUCUUGAUAGGGCACGAGGGUGUUAAUAACCCUUGUUUUUUGACUGAGUUCUUCUCUCUGUCCACUUAAAAUGGUCUAAAAUUUGUUCCAAUAUAGUGUGAAAAUACUGUUAAUCAGGAAAUGUCAUCCUAGUUCAGUUGUCGCUUCUGCAAUUGUACCAUUACUGUGGAAACUCAAAUUUAAUCUGGGCUUUAAAAAUCUAAAUUAAUUCCCUGUAUUCUUCAUCAUUUUUUAAUUCUCUAUAGUAGUAUGUGUAGUGUAUACAAUACUUCAUACUUGAGUGCAUGAAAAGAGGAAGUCCUGUACAUAUAAUCUUUUUUUAUAUUCCUAUUUAUUCUUCCUUCCUUUUAAUUUAAUUUAUUCUUCCUUUUCUUCUUUUAAGAACAGUGAAUACCAGAAACAUGAUUCAUGGCUUAAGCUGCUUUGAGCCAAUGGGUAACACCCAGUGUUGCAUAGCUGCUUGGCUUGGACUUUCCCUUAGUGUUUGGGUGGAGUUUUGAAAAUAUUGUUUUUGCAAGAUGAUCGAAGCAUUUUGGAAGUAUAUUUGUAAUGUUUUGGAGUUACGUAUUAAACUUUAUUUCAAAACUUUAUCACUACUUUAUCUGCCACAUCUUGUGUCUAUUAUUCCAAAUAUAUGAAUGUUCUUCAUUCACAUCACAGUUCAUUUUUCUUUAUAAUGUAAAAUUUGUGUUUUUCAUUUAUCUGUUAUAAUUUUAAUUGUUAAUUUUGCAAUGUCAAACACCAGAUUAGAAUGACCUAAAAUGAACUUUCUUCGAAAUGAUCAUUAACUUUUUCUUUCUUUUGUUUUUUGCAUU